UGGAGAACCACUUGAAUAUACAAUGCCUUUAAUUUGGAACAAGUUAGCUGUUUCUGCAUACUAUGAACUGAGAGUAAACAAAGUGAAAGAGUUUAAUAGUACUAACAUUUGGAAGAAAAGGGGAAUAUCUCGAGUACCGGUGUUGUAUGACCUGAACGUAAGACCAUCGCCAGGAAAAGUUAGCAUCUUAUCAGAUGGUUCUGUUGUUGUUGAAGUUGGAGGAAUUGAAUUGGGUCAGUGUCUAUGGAAAAGGUGGUGAAACAAAUGGCUGCAUUCGCACUCGGUACGAUUCAAUGCGAUGGAAGUGGAAGUCUUUUGGAUAAAUUUAGGGUUGUACAAGCCGAUUCAUUGAGCUUGAUUCAAGGAGGAUUAACUGCUGGAAGCACUACAUCAGAGUCAAGCUGUGAAGCAGUUAGACUUAGCUGUAAUAUCUUGGUUGAAAGACUAAAACCUAUCAAGAACAAACUUCAGGAGGAAAUUGGUUCUAUCAAGUGGGAGAAUCUUAUUCUUCAGGCAUACAUGCAAGCUGUGAAUAUAUCAGCAUCUUCAUAUUUUGUACGGAGUAAAAAUUCCAUGAAGAAGUACAUUAAUUAUGGUGCUGCAGUUAGUGAGGUGGAAAUCGAUCUUCUGACAAGAGAAACCAGAUUUCUGCAAACAGAUAUUAUUUAUGAUUGUGGUCAGAGUCUCAACCCUGCUGUGGAUUUAGGACAAUUUAUUAUGUUGCCAAAUAUGGAAAAAUUCCGUUGA